AAACUAAAAAAUACAUAUUGUGAUCUCGAAAUAUAUUUUUUUAUUUUAAAGUUGGCACAACUUAAAUGUCAACUAACUUAACUGUCACUUUUAAUUUUGUGUGUUUAACAGUGUUUAAGGUGUUUUCUUGCUUCAAAUUGGCUUUAAGGUUGGCACCGUUUAAACGUCAACUUGUUUAAGUGUCACUUUUGACUUUGCGUUUAAAAUUGUGUUCUCUUGGUUCAAAUUGGCUUUAAGAAACGUAAUGUUACCCCCGAAAAUAACAAAAAUAUCAUCUUUGAUUCAUUCACAUAUACGAAGAAAACUAUCAAGAACCGCGGUUAAAUAUCAAAUCAAAAAUGAUUCAUCUGGGGGAGUUAUGCAAAUAUUUGAUAGAAAAACGAAAACGCUUCAAAGAGAACGGGCAGCGUCGGCACAAGACGUGAAUUUAUACGAUUAUCUUAAAGAGGAAAUAGGGUAUAGACUUGCAGAUAGAAUUUUCGAUAUUAAAAGAAAAUUUAAAUGUGCCGCUGAUAUCGGUUGUAGUAGAGGAUACGUUUCCAAACAUAUCUCCAUAGAUUCAGUCGAAGAAUUAAUUCUAUGUGAUGUGAGCCAAGCAAAUUUAGAUUCGGUUAUUGUGGGUGAUGGUGUCAAGGUUAUAAAGCAGAUUUUAGAUGAAGAAAACAUCCAUUUUGAAUCAAAUUCUUUGGAUUUAGUUGUGUCAAGUUUAAAUUUGCAUUGGGUAAACGAUUUACCGAAGGCUUUAAAUUCGAUAAUAAGCGCUUUAAAGCAAGAUGGUGUUUUUAUGGCAUCGGUUUUUGGUGGAGAAACUUUAUACGAACUGCGAUCAUCGCUACAAUUAGCCGAAUUGGAGCGUAGGGGUGGUUUAUCACCUCAUAUAUCUCCUUUUACGGAAGUUAGAGAUAUUGGAAGUUUGUUAACGAGGGCGGGAUUUACCAUGCUGACGAUAGAUACAGAUGAAAUAAUUGUUAAUUAUCCGACAAUGUUCGAAUUAAUGUGGGAUUUGAAGGGAAUGGCAGAGAGUAAUGCAGCGUUAAAUCGAUCAUUACAUCUCCACAGAGAUACACAAUUUGCAGCCGCCGCUAUUUAUGAACAAUUAUAUGGAAAAUAUGAUGAAGAGACUCAAAGAAGUGGUAUCCCCGCCACGUUUCAAAUUAUUAAUAUGAUUGGAUGGAAACCACAUCCAAAACAACCAAAGCCAAUUGAAAGAGGAACUGGGGAGGUUUCAUUGAAGGAUUUGCAUCGAUUAGAUGAGAUUAUUAAAGAAAUUAAAACAGUUAAAUUAGAUGAUGAUAAUGAGAAAAAGUAAGAUAAAGAAAGUAUUAGAUUAUGUUAUACGCUUAUAAAAAUAAUAAAGGUUUUCUUUGAAUUUA